AUGACCUAUUCCACAGUGAGUAUCAAUACGCCCCCACCAUAUCUUACUCUGGCCUGCAAUGAAAAACUACCAACAGUUAUGUCAAUUGCUGGAGCAGAUUCAAGUGGUGGUGCUGGCAUUGAAGCUGAUAUUAAGACUAUCACCGCACACAGAUGUUAUGCCAUGACAUGUAUCACUACUUUGACUGCUCAAACUCCAGCGAAAGUAUACGGCGUUCAAAUUACACCAAAGGAAGUGGUAUCCCAAAUAUUGGAAGCCAAUUUACAGGACAUGAAAUGCAAUGUCAUCAAGACCGGCAUGCUUACGGCGGCUGCCAUCGAAGUCUUGCAUGAAAAACUUUUGCAGCUUGGUGAAAAUAGACCUAAAUUGGUAGUUGAUCCAGUUCUUUGCGCUACUUCUGGUUCUUCUCCAACUGGAAAGGAUGUAACUAGUUUAAUUACGGAGAAAAUUGCUCCUUUUGCUGACAUUUUGACUCCUAGCAUUCCAGACUGCUUCAAGUUAUUGGGCGAGGACAGAGAAGUUAACAAACUACAAGACGUUUUUGAGAUUGCGAAAGACCUUUCUGGAAUCACCAAGUGCUCUAAUAUCUUAGUGAAAGGAGGCCACAUUCCAUGGGAUGAUGGAAAGGGAAAGUAUAUUACCGACGUUCUCUACUUAGGUGCUGAACAAAAAUUCAUUAAUUUUAAGGGCCAGUUCGUUAAUACCACCCAUACUCAUGGUGCUGGAUGUACCUUAGCAUCUGCCAUAGCAUCUAACUUGGCUCGCGGUUAUUCUCUCCCCCAAUCUAUUUAUGGUGGUAUUGAGUAUGUAAAGAAUACCAUCGCAAUUGGCUGUGAUGUUACCAAGAAAGCUGUGAAAGGCGGACCAAUUAAUCAUGUUUAUGCUGUAGAAAUCCCAUUAGAAAAAAUGCUCACCGACGAAUGUUUCACAGCAUCAGAUACCGUACCUAAGAAGGCCAUCAAAGGUUCUCUUGACAGAAUCCCUGGGGGGAGCUUCUUUAAUUACCUGAUAAAUCACCCUAAGGUCAAGCCACAUUGGGACGCCUAUGUGAAUCACGAAUUUGUUAAAAAAGUGGCAGACGGCACACUGGAACGCAAGAAGUUCCGGUUUUUUAUUGAACAGGAUUACCUAUACUUAAUCGAUUACGUAAGAGUUUGCUGCGUCGCAGGCAGUAAAUCUCCGGGACUAAAAGAUCUAGAAAAGGAUCUGGUUGUUGCUAAUUGCGCACGUGAUGAACUAAAUGAACAUGAAAGAAGGUUAAGAGAGGAAUUUGGAGUCAAAGACCCCGACUACUUUCAAAAAAUCGAGAGAGGUCCUGCAUUAAGGGCCUACUGCCGUUACCUAAUAGAUAUCUCCAGAAGAGGAAACUGGCAGGAAGUAGUUGUAGCCAUUAAUCCUUGCUUAAUGGGUUAUGUUUAUGCUGUGGACAAAGUCAAGGAUACAGUGGCUGUAGCUGAGGGCACCCUUUAUCGAGAAUGGUGUGAUACUUGCACAUCUUCAUUUUGCUACCAAGCUGUACUUGAGGGUGAAAAGCUUAUGAAUCGCAUCUUGGAAACAUACCCUCCAGAGCAACUUGAUUCUUUGGUGACGAUCUUUGCUAGGGGUUGUGAAUUAGAAGCUGAUUUCUGGACUGCCGCCUUGGAAUACGAAUGA